CAGAACGCAUCAGACACCAGAAGUGCGUUUUCGUUGUCAUCGCUCUGUUUAUCGUUAGCUGCGAAAUUUUCUUUUAUGGAAAAUCCAAACAUCAAGACUAGAAUAUAGUUAAACAAUCAACUGAGCACACGUUUAAGGACACGACGUCAAAAGUGUGCUGUUGCCUUUUAGCUGGCCCCUCCACUCCCUGUCACCAUGCCCGCCCUGCUGGAGAGACCCAAGCUGUCCAACGCGAUGGCCCGCGCCCUCCACAAGCACAUCAUGAGGGAGCGAGAGCGUAAGCGACAAGGUGACACAUUGCAUCCCCUCUCCCCGCUUUUUUUUGCACACACGCUGCUGAAGUGGCAUUCGGGUCUUUUUCUUUUUUUUUUUUUUUUUUCAGAGGAGGAGGAGGUGGACAAGAUGAUGGAGCAGAAGAUGAAGGAGGAGGAGGAGAGGAAGAGAACCAAGGAGAUUGAGGAGAGGAUGUCCUUAGAGGAAACCAAAGAACAGGUGAUGAAGAUGGGCGAAAAGCUUCAAGGGCUCCAAGAGGAGAAACAUCAGCUCUUUUUGCAACUCAAGAAAGUCCUCCAUGAAGAAGAGAAAAGACGGCGCAAGGAGCAAAGUGACAUCACCACGUUGACGUCGGCCAGCUACCAGGCUAGCCUUCCCAUGCAUGCUGGCCAGCACCUCCUCAAUAUUCAGGGCAGUCCCGUCAGCCACAGUCGACCCGGCGCGCUGCUAGGAGAUCGGAGCAAGCAGCUUUUCCAGAGCGCUGUUCUUCCUACACGUCACUAUCAAACGCCUGCAUUCAGUUCGGGUUCAGCGGAGCACGGCCAAUUCAGUGGGGCCCAGGCGGUCCACGAGUCCUACGGGGUGGCGCAGGCCCAGCAUCCCGCCACCUACGCUCCCGGACCGUCCGUGCCGGUCAGCUUCGCCAGCGGCUCUCAGAUCCGAGGAGCGUCCGCCUUUCAGGCCAUGCAGUAUCUGCCCCACCAACAGCCUGCCUACCCGGUCCACAGUCACUUUACCUCCCAACCUGGCUACAUCCCCGGUGCCGGAAUCCCUCUCCAGAAGCAGUUGGAACACGCCAAUCAGCAGUCGGGCUUUACCGACGCGGGUGCCCUGAGGCCCAUGCACCCGACCGCCAUGCAUCCAUCGGCUCAAGGCUUGCUGCCUACACCAUCCAUGGCCGUCCAGAUUCCCACAGCAAAGGCCGCAUUCCAGAGCUCGCCGCAGGCUGCGCCACGCCACGGCUUCCUGCCCCACACCCAGAGCGGCCAGAGGUUUUACCACCACGCCAAGUGACUCAUUCCAAGUUGUCCUGAAAUUUGGAGCUUGGACUUUUGUUUUUGACAUGUCGUUCACGCGCGGUAUCUCUCAUGGGAGGAGUAUUGAAUACCCCCUACCCCGUUUUCUUUCUUGUAAGCUUGUGUACACUUUAUGUUACGACAAUUUCCAAUUCGAGAUUUUACUGUAUGUUGCUUAAUAAAAUGUUGAGCAUGUCCAUGGA